CAUACUGCAUUGCAGCAUGCAUACUAGUAAAUUUGUCUCUACAACAGUACAACCAACCGCACGGCCCGCAAAGUUCAACUGCUUUAAAUCUCUUCUUCCAUGUCGUACUGCAAAAAUCAACUUCCCAGCCCGCUGUUCGUACAUUAUGUCUGCAUUCUGUUUUCGAUUGACGUUCGUCAAAUACUUUCCUGCUGUCUGAUGACAUGAUAGCCGCCCAAGUAUUGCUACUAUCAAAGCCGCAAUCAUUUGAUCAAGUACUCAUUAAUCUUUGACCUCACUAUGACCACCGUCCCAUCUGCAAGUCAGUGGGGAUCCCCUACUGCAUGCAGGAGAGCACUCCUUAUACAUGGUUUAAAUUCUUCUUCGCACACGUUCCACCGUGUUGCAUCGGCGCUUGCAGCCAAAGGAUACUUGGUCAUUGCUCCAAACCUUCUUGGGCACGCUCUCAGGAAGCCUGGAGUUGACUUCCAAGUCCAGACAUUGGCAGACGAACUCUUGCCCUAUUUCCAGGCUGCUGAGUAUGAUAUCAUCAUUGGUCACUCAAUGGGCGCGCUCGUGGUAUUAUCGCUUCUCAAGUCCCUGCCAAAAACCAAGCCUACUUCAGUGGUCCUCAUCGACCCAUCUCUGGAGGUGACCGCAGAGCAGAUGGUGGAUAGGAGAGUUAAGUAUUCCGAAGAUGCCAGAACCAACCCCACUGCAGAAGAUUAUAUGGCAUUGAAUCCUCUAUGGACAAGAGAAGAUGCCAUCUGGAGAGUGUUGGGGACCCAUACUGUUGGAAGAUCAACAAACUCUCAUGAUCACAUCGAUGGCAAUGUGCCAUGGUCAUUUUCGCAUCUGAUCGCCGACAAGCCUGCUGCUGCCGCAUUGACGAUUCUGGUCGCUGACCCUUCCAAGCUGGAAUGUGUCGCAAAAUUCAAAGACAUUAGAACAGUGAUCGUUUCGAAUGCCUCGCACUGGAUACAGUAUGAGUUCCCGGAGGUGAUUGUCGAAGAAGCGCUGAGGAAUAUCGAAGAGCAAGACAAUGGGCAGUAAGUAAGGGCUUGCGUGAUCCCAACAUCAUGUAUAAACAAUCACUAUAAAUUACCUCGAUGUAGGAGAA